GGGGGAGGAGGGGGAGGGGGCGAGGGCGAGUAAAGAGUAGAGAGUAAAGAUGGUUUAUACGGGUGAUUGGUAAUGAGCGAGUGAGCGAGUGGGAAAAGUGCACGCACGCGUGGGCGGGAUAUGUUUGCGAGGAUUGACGGUUUGUCGUCCGAUGGGUUUUUGGUGUUUUUGGCUUUUUUGGCUUUUUAUGGCUUUUUCUUUUUUCGUUUAUAAGGUUGUAGGUUUUACACAACUUGACUUGACUUGGAAAUUGGAGCGGGGUGAAUUACACUUUUUUUUUGAUAUGGAAAUGGUGAUAUUUUGGGGUUUUUUUUGUACUCGAUGGGUUGUGGUUGUGGUGAUGCUGGCAUGAUGAAACGGCUGAUUAUAGUUGUAGUUGUAUGGUGAGAUAACUAUUGCAUGCACGACCCGUGUACGGAUCGUGCACGAUCCGGGGAGUACACGGGAUCUGGCUACUCUAGAUAGUAUAGACAGGAAAGAUACGGAAACUACGGAAACUGGGUUAAAGUUUCAAGCACAUCAUAUCAUAGGUAUCACGUAUUCAUUACACCAUCAGUAUCGGGGUGAGCUCGGAAACCUUAUGUAGAAGGAAACGAAUGUAAC